AUGGAGAUCAGGACUUUCUCUGAGUUAGUAAACAAGAACAGAGUUGCCGAAGAAUGUGUGAAGAAGGCAGCUGCAAAAAGAGAAAGCCAGAGGGGAUCAUUCCCACUGAACCGAGGGAAGAGUUUUUCUCCUAGAGGUCCGUCCUUUAAGCGGGGAGGUUUUGCACCACAGAGGACUCAAGGUCAGAAUAGCUUCAGAAGGCCCAACAACAACAACAUUGCUCUGGGGAGAAGAUUCGGGAAGCAGCCCCUGAAUGAGCAAGCUUGUGCUAGAUAUGGGAGUUACCAUUCUGGUGUUCCGUGCAAGGUUGGAUGGGGGUUGUGUUACUCAUGUGGGAAGCCAGGGCAUAAAGCCUCAAACUGUCCAGAGAAGCAGAGACAGGCUACUGAGAGAGCACAGCAGCCUGGAUGGGUGUUUACUACUUCAGCUAUAGGUGUCGAGCGGUCUGAGGCACUUAUCAGAGGUAAAUGUGAAAUGGCCGGUCAGAUUUUGAAUGCCUUGUUUGACUCUGGUGCAUCCCAUUCAUUCAUUGCAUUUGAGAAGGCUAGUGAGUUAGGAUUAAAAAUUGUGGUGUUGGGUUAUGACCUAAAGGUAUAUAAUGCCAUCCAUGAAGCCAUGGUAACUAGGCUCGGAUGUCCGCAAGUUUCCUUUAGGGUCAAGCAGCGUGACUUUGUACAUGAUUUUAUUUGUUUGCCGAUGAUCGGUCUUGAUCUUAUCUUGGGGUUGGACUGGCUGUUUAAGAACCACGCUCUGCUCAACUAUUCUGCAAAGUUAGUGUACUUUAUGCCGGAAGAUACAGAAGGGCUAGUGGUGGUAAAUAACUAUUACUUGAAUUCUAUGGUAGCGUAUUAUUCUGUUGCUGAAUGUCAGGAUAUUUUGUUGUUAACCGCCAGAGUCUCGGGUGAUGAUCAAAUCUUGGAGCAGAUUCCAGUUGUGUGUGAGUUUUCGGAGGUAUUUCCCGACGAUAUUUGA